AUGGAUAGUGGCCUCUCAACAGGCACCCAGGCUGGGAAUGAGGGACUUCGUGAAAGGAAUGUGCCCUCCCAGUCCGCUCCAAAGCUCACCACGGAGGCCCUCACGGCCACCGGUGACGUCGAGCCCAAGGACCAGCACUCGAAAACAUUUGGUCGGACUCCAGAUGGCACAGUCUUCACGGUCCCUCAAACCCAUGACAUGGUCUCUCAACUCCUGUCACCUUCGGAACCUAAAAACUUAUCCGAUCUUCUGGUCCUAGCUAUUCUAGGUGCUCAUAUCUUUCUUCUCUGGUGGCUUCCCGCAGCUGCCAAAGUCCCCGUUUUCGCGGCUGUCUAUCUGUUCUGGCGUGCGGGUUACAACGCUGGAAUCGGUUGGCUGCUUCACAACCAGUCUCAUCACAAUACGCUUGUCCGCUGGGCGGAGAAGACCAAGAUCUUCGUGAACCCCGCCACGGGAAACAAUCCGCACCCGGCUCUCUACAACCUGAUCAAGCGGGAAUUGGAAACUAAAAUUCGCAGUGACUACUCCUUCGACAAAUCUCCGAUUGAGUACAACACUUGGCUCGUCUUUAGACGCCUGGUGGAUUUGAUUCUGAUGUGUGACUUCGUGUCAUAUUGUCUCUUUGCUAUAGCAUGUAGCCACCAUCCCGCUAAUGAGGGCGUCUUGAUGACUGCGCUGCGGUGGUCCGCCGGUAUUGUCCUGGUUCUAUUCAACCUCUGGGUCAAAUUAGACGCCCAUCGGGUGGUAAAAGAUUUCGCGUGGUACUGGGGCGAUUUCUUCUAUCUCAUUGACCAAGAGUUGACCUUCGACGGGGUUUUUGAGAUGGCGCCUCACCCAAUGUAUUCGGUCGGCUACGCUGGAUACUACGGUAUUUCGCUCAUGGCCGCAAGCUACAAAGUGCUAUUCAUUUCGAUCAUCGCCCAUGCAGCUCAAUUCGCCUUUCUGGUUCUCGUGGAGAACCCUCACAUCGACAAGACCUACAACCCUCCUCCUCCCCGGAAGCGUAUGAGCGACCAAGAAGUCGCGUCGACAACGUCCCAAAGCACUGAUUCACCCAUCGCGCCAUCAUCCGUUGACGAUCAAGUUCCCCACGCGCCAGCCUACUCUAGCAGCCCGCCUCCGUCGGUCCACAAUCUGCUGGGGCUCCACAAUUUGGAUCUGCAUAGAACGACCGACACCUCUUCCGUGUUGAUCCAGUUUCUCGUAUUCGCCCUGACCGUCUUGACGCCCUCCACUCGGUGGUAUCAAUUCUUUUUUGUAGCCAACGCUACAGUGUGGAGACUUUGGUACUCGGCUGGCAUCGGGUACCUGCUGGAUUGCCAGUCAAACCGCAAGUCCUGGACCCGGCACUUUGUCAAGUAUGGGGAAACUCCCCAGGAGGCCUGGAAUCAAUGGAAGGGCACAUAUCAUAUUAGUAUGGUCAUGUGCUAUGCCAGUUUCAUUGCUGCCGUAUGGAAAAUGUACUCCUUUCCCGCCGACUGGGGCUACGGUUUGGUUCUGCUCCGGCACGUUCUGGGCGCGGGUCUGAUUAGCUUGCAAAUUUGGACUUGCGUCAGCAUCUACGAGUCUCUCGGCGAGUUUGGGUGGUUCUAUGGAGAUUUCUUCUUCGACGAGUCUCCCAAACUGACCUAUAAUGGUAUCUACCGCUUCUUAAACAACCCUGAACGUGUUUUGGGUCUAGCCGGCGUGUGGGGGGCUGUCCUGAUCACCAGUAGCAGUGCCAUCACUUUCCUUGCCAUCUUGAGUCACAUCUUGAGUUUGGCUUUCAUCCAGUUUGUGGAACGCCCGCACAUGCAAAAGCUGUAUGGCCGAAGUCUGCGACAGGACGCCGGUCUCGUUAAGAGCUUGAAGAGGUCUCUGCCUCCCACGCUCAAGCAGCUUCACGGCAGUGUGGACAAGAUCUUUGACGAGUCAUUCGAAUUUAUCGAGGACAUUAUUGACAAUGCGCGUCCGAAACUCGCCGCCGGUGUCAACACAUUUGUCAAGGACACCACGGCCCUUUUCCAGAAGUAUCCAGCACGUGUUACCAUCUCACGUAUCGAUGAAGACCUGGCUGGAUACAACUCCCGGGACUACUCCUUGGAAAUCGAGGGCACCGACUCAUCCUCACUGACCGAAUCCGACGGCAGCAGCGGUAGAGAGGGCGCCAAUGCUCGCAUGCCCCUGGAUCGACGAGGCGAUUUGAAAAACCUGGUCUUUGAAUACGGUGCGCCGAUCAAGGUCAAAUGGACCGCGCCUCUCAACCAUAGCAAGAAGGACUGGAUCGGACUGUACAAGGUGACGGAUAACACUUCGCGAGAAGUGACACGGGUCUCCUCCCAAGCCAGAUGGAUCGCCACGAAUGAAGGCUUCUACGACAACACAACGUGCGAGAAGGGCAUCGUCACAAGUGAUGUUGUCUCAACACCCCAGCGCGCGGAUGGCGACGAUUACGACAUCGCUACAGGCGAGGUCGUCUUCUCUGGAGACAAGCUGUUCUGGACCCAAGGCACUUUUGAAUUCCGCUACCAUCACAACGGCAAGCACAACGUCAUGGCCAUCUCGAGACCCUUUGAAAUCCGCAUCAGUCGCUUCGACGAGGAAGACCUGCUCGGAGGCGACCAGGACCUUAGCCAAGCAUCCGUGGAGAAGAGCUUGCUGGCCGUGGUCCGCAACUGCUUCGACCGGGACCCCGAGAUUGCGCCCGAAACCACAGAAGAGCAGUUUGGAUCUCUGGUCGAGCGCGACGGCAAAUACGCCAAGCGGGUCAUCUUCGCCGUGCAUCAGAUGUUCGGUAUCGAGUUCGCCCCGGAAGUCGUUCGAGCAGAUGGAACCGUCCGCAAUCUUGCCUGGAGAAUCUGCCAUGCGAAAUCCGUUCUUGCCCCAUAUAGCAUGUCCCGAAACGGCGCCACGACACCGACCGAAAGAAAAGAGUAG